AUGGCCACGUCGACCCUCCUGCGAACACAGGGCGCUCUUCACACCGUCAUCGCGUCACGGUCGACAUCCUGGCUAGCCCUGUCUCUGCACUGGCGAGGUCAACAUCGAUCGAACAGCACAGUCAAGCCGGCGGUCAGGACGGAUCCCUUCAAACCCGUCGUCAACGCUCUCGUGCGCAAGAAGAGCAGCAGUAGGAUCAAGAAGUACGACGACGAACCAAAGUACGGUCUGUCGAGGCGACAGUGCAGGGAUGCCGUCAAGCGGAUCUCGCGCAUGGAGUCUUACUCCCAACAGCUCUCUGCUCUCGAGCCACAAGCUGCGCCCGUACCACUUGCGACGCCGACAGAGCAAGUCGAUCAGGAUCCCCUGAGGUUGGCGCGGAUGUAUAGGGGAAGGAAGCAGCCUUUCAAGGGUCAUGUGUGGGAGAGGACAGCGGCCUCACGUCAAGCUGAGCGAGUCCUCAAGCUCGAGGAGAUGCCCAAGCGGAUCGCAUUGUGGCAAAAACAAAAGGCAGAAGCCAAGCAAAAAGCGCGACCUGCCUUGCCUUUCUGA